AUGCCGACGAUAUUAUUACCCGCCUCUGCCGCGGCCUUUGCGCCGCGAUCGACUUGCAACGUGGUGCUCAAUACCAAGGUCGAACCUUGGCUGACAGCGACCCUCAAGCGAAUCAACAAGAUCAAGCGACCACUCAACAGUGUUCCUCAACACACUCGAUGUUUGACCGAGACCCUGUCUUCACCUAAUGCUAUCUGGACGCUAUGCUCGUUAAUGGUGCCCAAGGCGCCGGAGACGGAACUCAGGAAAGACUCAAACCCACUCGUGGAGGCGCUGUUCAACUAUCAGUUAAUUCAUGUCGAGGCCUACGUGGUCCACAUCGACAUGGUCUCGCAGAACGAGGUUGCUUUUAAGCUGACGACCGACACCAUUGAUUCGCUGGUCGAAUAUCACAAAGAAGUCUUCUCCAUCGACACCAACGCCAACACUUGGAGCUGGUCAGAGAAGGAACAGCAGCUGAAGAAACUGCAGGAGGAGUUCGUACAGGCGGCCAACAAGUUCGUCUACCGGACAAGCGCCCUUGCCUUGGAGGGCAUGGAAGAAGAUGGUGCCGGUGAGCUGCUGUGUGGCCGGAGCGACGAAGUUCGCCAGGCCAUCAUGGGCCUCUUCGUCCCUCUUUUACCUCCGCCUCCGAGGGUCGUCGACGUUAUCCGGCCGACGCCGUUGCUGCCCAGUUCGACUGGCACGGAGCAAUGGUGGCCGUCACAUCAACUCCAUGCUCUUCAACCUGCGCCAGUGGAGGCAUGGAAGAUUGUCCCAUCCAGCCCGAGCCCGGUCUCAUCUUGUGAUUCACAUCACAAUAUCUGGUCGAGCGUGGGUAUGAAUGAGAUUCAGCUUCCAUCACCGACUCCAUCCUUCAGCCAACCCUACUCCUCAGCGGCAUACAACACUUCUCAGUACUACAGCGCUCCCGCAUACAGCGCUCCUACGACGGUAUCGUCAUUCGCGCCUCUACCCCUCCCAAGCAUGUUGGCUCAGCAGCCGUGCAGUACAUCUGCCAGCCUGAGUACCUUCGGUUGGGACCGGUAUCAAGAAUACGCGAUGCCGUAUGCCACUGCGAUGUAG